AUGUCAUCCUCACAGGACACAGAGGUGGAGGCUACCGCCCACGACUGGAUAAGAAAGUUCUCAGACUUCUCAGAGAAAAGAGCCGGGUCGAUCGACUCUUCUGAGGCUGGAGAUGUUGUGCUUCUUACAGGCUCUACCGGCGUGAUCGGUUGUCACAUCGUGCAUUCUCUCAUCCAACGGCCUACUGUGGACCGAGUUUAUUGUCUCAUCAGAUCGAAGCAAUCAAGUCCUGUUUCACAGCGCCUAGACGACGUUCUAAUCAAGAACCACCUCAUCGAGGAUCUUAGCCUUGAGCAACGCAAAAAGAUCAUAGCCAUUCCUUACGAUCUGUAUAGCCGCGAGAGGAUGGACCUCUCGCAGAAUGACUACGAGACACUCCGAAGAUCAGUCACGGUGAUCAUUCACAACGCGUGGGCUGUUAAUUUCAACAUGAAAUUUCCGAGUUUCGAACCGCACUGCAGGGGAACCUUUGAUCUCAUCAACCUGGCCCUGCAGUCGGAGUUGAAGACAAAACCUGCCUUUGUCUUCAUCUCGACUGUCGGUGCAAUCUUCAAAGCAGAACCAAAGCCGAUCCGCGAGAAACUGUACGGCUUCGAGGCCGCAACGAACGGAACCAACUACGCCCUGUCGAAGUGGACCACAGAACAGAUCUGCUCUGCCGCUGCGAAGGCCGGCCUGCCGGUGAGCAUCGUGAGACUAGGUCAGAUCUGCGGUGACACAAAAUACGGCAUGUGGAACGCGAAGGAAGCCCAGCCGCAGAUCAUCGCAGCCGCAUGCACGAUCGGUGCCGUUCCAGCCGCCAAGAACCACGACGACGGGCACAGCUGGCUGCCAUCGGAUGUGACCGGGGCGGCGGUCGCCGACAUUGCCCUUCUGGACCACGUCGACAGUGCCACAAAAGCCCUGAUCCCGUCACUCGCGGUGUACCACGUUGCGAACGCCAAAACAGUCCUCUGGAAAGCUGACGUCCUCCCUGCACUGAGGCGCCACGGCCUCACCUUUGAAACCAUCUCGUGGCCUGAGUGGGUGGAUCGUCUUGAGGCUGACCCGAAUGUACUUCGGAACCCGCCGUAUCGCCUGAUCAAGUUCUAUAGAGUGAUGGCUUCUGGGAGGACGGACGAUGUCCAGGAAAAAGCGUCCCCCGCGCUGAUGAUGGACAUGACGAAUGCGAGCAAGGUCUCGCCCCGGCUUGCUGGGGGCAUUGAAAUAGACGAAGCGUUGGUUGAUACCAUUCCAUUAACCAUCAACUAG